AAUCCCAAUCGAUCUCCUCCGUCUCGAUCCUGUUCCGAUUCGUGUGUGGUGGAUUGCUUGGGGGAUUUUAUUGGGAGAGUUGGAUCUGCGUCCAAUGGGUAAGGAAAUUACAGAAGUAUCAAUUGAUGAACAAACAGAUUUUGUCAUGAGUGCACACAAUGGUAAAAUUAUUCAAAUUAGCCCUCGCAAACCUUCCACGGUUGCUGGGUCAUAUGAAGCUACAGAUAACAAUCAGGAUUAUGCAAAUUUUCAUGUGGUGCAUGUAGUACCUCGUAUUAGAAAUUUGAGUUUGGAUCAUGACAUGACAGAAAAGAAGUAUGGUGACCAGAAAUCAUUAAAACAGAGGUCAGCAGCAUCCAAUUCUGCUAAUGUAACUGUACGAUCUAACCACACUGUUCCUCAGCCAUUUGCUCUUGCAACUGAAAAGCGUGCUUCUGGGGGGGCUCGUGCUUUUGUUGCUGAAGCUCCUACCAACGGAGACAGACAUCCUAAUGAAGAUGUGCAAACAGCAAACAACCAAAAGAAGGUUCAGAGUAACUUGACAUUCACAUCUAGAAGGCCGUUGCAUCCCAAUGAAUUGAUGCACCCAGAUGAAGAGGAUUCUAGCUCUGUUAACUCUCUUACCAUACCAUCUGUAAGAAAUUUGAAAGUCAGUAAAACGGUGGCACUUGCUCCUUCAUUCAGAUGCAGUGAACGUGCAGAGAAGCGGAAGGAGUUCUACUCGAAAUUAGAAGAUAAACACCAGGCUCUGGAAGCAGAGAAACUCGAAUGUGAAGCUAGGACGAGGGAAGAGCAAGAAGCUGCACUAAAGCAACUAAGGAAGAGCUUGAAUUUCAAAGCAACACCAAUGCCUAGCUUCUACCAUGAGGGGCCUCCACCUAAGAUUGAACUAAAGAAGGUGCCUCCAACUCGUGCUAAAUCACCCAAGCUUGGUCGAAGGAAGAGCUAUGGCGACGCAAGCAAUCUGAUUGGAGAUAACUGCAGUAAAGCAUGUGAUCGGCAUCAGCAUCGCAGUUUAGGUACUAGCAAGGAUUCCCCAACCAAAUCACAGACCAGCCCCAAGAACAUGAACAUGACGAUCAAAGCCAAGGAAGGUGCCAAAUCGACUAGAGAAAGCUCCAAGCCCUAUGCCGAGAAGGCAGCUGCUCAUGCUACCAGUGUUAUCACUGUGCAGCCCUAAAUGUUUGCAUUUUCAUGCCCUUCUGAUCUAAAUUUUUCCUUGCAUCACAAAAUUUACAUGAUAAUUUAUUCCGACAUUCUCAAGUGUCAAUUUGUUGACGUUUGGUAACCAAUGUGAGGAGUUAGCAUCAGCGGACUUAAGACGUAUGAUGUAAAUUUUUGUACGUAUGUAAUGAUCCUGACAUUUGUGUGAACUGCUGCUGGAAUUACUCGUCUCGUGUUUGUAUCGUUCAUACUGGCAACGAUACAUUCUCACAAGUCAAAAGUUGUAGCAGAACAUUUGCUACUUGUAAUUGCGGCAA